AUGGACAAGGAUGUUGUGCAUCUGAGAACGCUUGUUAAGCAUUUCCCGGAAGAGCAGAGCAUCGAUAGUCCAGAAGGCAGCGGUUUCGAGGAAGAGGAACAGCCGCAGCGUGAAUAUGGGAAAGAGGAAAAGGAUGAAGCAACAACCACUAUUCUUCCGCCACCACCGUACAUUCACACGCCGCCGCAAUAUGCGCAUGGUAAAUCGCCAAUGUACAGUUUGCUCCAUGCUGACUAUUCUAGCAGCCCUUCACUGUACGCUGCCAGCAGUGGGCAGCAGUUCAUUGUUGGCGAGCUUACGGAUAGCUUAAUUUUACCAUUCUGCGAACCUGUGGCAGUGGAUGCAGAACGCAUUCCGGUGCCGGCUCUGCAACGAGCCCAAAUACUGAAGGCCUAUUAUUCACCUCCAGAAAAAUAUGAAUUAGAAGACAACCGCGACGAAACCGGCAGCAACAGCGGUGGUUGGCGUUUGUAG